AUGACAGAUGACAAAGAUGUACUUCGAGAUGUGUGGUUUGGACGAAUACCAACCUGUUUCACUCUGUAUCAGGAUGAGAUAACUGAAAGGGAAGCUGAACCUUAUUAUUUACUUUUGCCAAGGAUAAGCUACUUGACACUGGUAACAGACAAAGUGAAGAAACACUUUCAGAAAGUUAUGAGACAAGAGGAAGUUAGUGAAAUAUGGUUUGAAUACGAAGGUACACCACUGAAAUGGCAUUACCCAAUUGGUUUGCUAUUUGAUCUCCAUGCAUCAAAUACAGCCCUUCCUUGGAGCAUCACAGUGCAUUUCAAGAAUUUUCCAGAAAAGGAUCUUCUACACUGCCAUUCUAAGGAUGUGAUUGAAGCUCAUUUUAUGGCUUGUAUAAAAGAAGCAGAUGCUUUAAAGCACAAAAGUCAAGUCAUCAAUGAGAUGCAAAAAAAGGAUCAUAAGCAACUGUGGAUGGGAUUACAGAAUGAUAAAUUUGAGCAGUUUUGGGCAAUAAAUCGAAAACUCAUGGAGUAUCCUCCAGAAGAUAGUGGAUUUCGAUACAUCCCAUUUAGAAUUUACCAGGCAACAACAGAGAGACCUUUUAUACAGAAGCUAUUUCGACCAAUUGCUUCAGGAGGACAGUUGCAUACUUUGGGAGAUCUACUAAAAGAUGUGUGUCCUAGUGCUAUCGCCCCUGAAGAUGGAGAGCAGAAGACUCAAGUGAUGAUUCAUGGAAUUGAGCCAAUGCUGGAAACACCCAUACAGUGGCUAAGCGAACAUAUGAGCUAUCCAGAUAAUUUUCUCCACAUUAGUAUCAUUCCCCGACCUACUGAUUGA